UCAUGCCUGAACAGGAAGCAAUGCACAGUCCAACAGUGUCCAUGCUCACUGGUUGGAUUGAGGGCACUUGCAUUCAUUGCUGUUGUAAACCCGGGGUGAUUAACUUUGAUAUCUAGCACUUCUAUAUAAUUAAACCAUAACCAAGUUCCACAGCCAUGUGAGUUAUCCAACAGAAGUAGAAAAACCUUGUUUGUUUUCCCACUAGUUCAAAUACACCAUACUGGGACAGUCAUUUCAACACCAAGACAAAGGUUGCCAGAUCAUUUUUGUCAGGAGGGGGGUCUCAGUCAGGGAGGGAUAUGAGGUAAUCCUCCAUCUUGUCACAGAUAAGCAGAAUCUCAUCUUCAACCUUUGAUGUUUUUAAUAGUGAAGUGAUGUAGGUGCUGAAGUCCAGCUGUGUUGGACUCUGGAGGGCUGGGUGGUAGAGCCACACUGGAUUCUUGUUUGCUCUCCAGCUCUCUCUCUCCCUGUGUAGCUCUCUCUCUCCCUGUGUAGCUCUCUCUCUCCCUGUGUAGCUCUCUCUCUCCCUGUGUAGCUCUCUCUCUCCCUGUGUAGCUCUCUCUCCCUGUGUAGCUCUCUCUCCCUGUGUAGCUCUCUCUCCUGGCGUAGCUCUCUGUGAAGGUCCACACUACAGAAGACCUAGGAAGCACUUCUUACUCACAGGGCCCAGAGCCAGCUGAGCAGCAGGAUGGCUGGUCAGAUCUGCUGGCUGACUGCAGCGGUGCUGCUGUGUGUGAAAGGAUCCCUCUCCACUGACCUGCAGGCUGACAACCUUCACCUGCUGCCCUUGCAAGACCACCUGCUGGUCCUCAACCAGGGCCUUAGAGCCCCCAGGGACUGCCAUGAGCUGUGGCAGAGCUCAGGGAGCAAGGCCAGGGACGGGGUGUACCUCAUCCAGCCUGGAGAAGCUCCCAUCCUGGCCUGCUGCGCCAUGCAGGAGGGGGGCUGGACCGUGGUGCAACACAUCACCGUCAACAGCAGCGUGGACUUCGACCGCAGCUGGUCUGAGUACAGGCAGGGCUUUGGACUCCUGACCGGGGACCACUGGCUUGGGAACCAGGCCCUGCACCAGCUGACCCAGGGCCCUGGCCGCUACAUGCUGGGGGUAAAGCUGGUGGACAAGGACGCCGUCACCAAGACGGGGCAGUACGAUCCCUUCCUGGUGGAGGAGGAGGCGGCGGGCUACAGGCUGAGGCUGGGGCUGUUCCAGGGGACGGCCGUGGACGCCCUCACACAGGAUACGGAGAACUAUCUCCACGACAACCAGAAGUUCACCACCAAGGACCGCGACAACGACAACUACUUCCAGAACUGUGCCAAGCUGGAGUUCCAGGGCGUGGCGGGGGGUGGGUGGUGGUAUGACGCUUGUGCUGGCGCCAACCUCAACCGCAGGAAUGUGAUCUACUGGCAGAAGGACUGCAACAAGGAGCACCUGUGUAAGUACGCCUGGAUGAUGGUGAGGCCCUCAGAGACUGUGAAGGUGGUCCACACUGGAGACUGCAAGAAGGAUGAGCUGUGAAGGACUAGGGGACUGGAGUCCGGAUUCAGUUAUAAAUACAUACUACCAGGGCCGGCCCAAGGCAUAAGCGAACUAAGCGGCUGCUUAGGGCCCCCGUGGCCACCCGAGGGCCCCCAAGAGCACAUGAAAUUAGAGUUGAAUGUAAUUAUUUUUUUUUUUAUCUAAAUCAAUUCUGCUUAAGGCCCCAUAAAGGCUUGGGCCAGCCCUGCAUACAACAGUAUAACAGGAAUUUUCGAAGGGAUUUUGAAUAUUUUUUUAAACAAAGACUACAAGUUAUUCUUUCUUUUUUUGAAAGCAGAGAUGCGAGACCAGCUAGCUAGUUCAUUAAAUGAUAGUUACCAAAGGCAGAUAGCUGGCUAGCUAGCGAGGCAAGACUGGAGCUGCUGUUUAGUGAUGCUCAACAAUCUGAGGUAGGUGUUCCUGCUUUAACACGUUUAAUUCAGAAAUUAAAAUACAGAAACAUAUGAUCACAUAAUACUGUAAACAUACUGUAUCAACGGAUUCAUUGCACAUUUUUCAAAAUAAGAAAAGGUGUAUUAAUUUUUUGUGAUACUUUGACCACCAACAAGAUUCCUUUCCGCAGUUUUCUGUGUUUCUAUUUUAUCACAAAAAAAGUUGCUGUCAAGCUAUCAUACUGUAGUUUACUAAAGAUGUAAAAAAGCUUUUGCAAAUCAGUAUUUGGACUCCUUCAUGUGUUGUUGAAUGUUGUAUGGACAGGUGUCAGGAGAUCAUGACAUGAAGUGAUGAAGUGAUUAUACCAGGGACGUUGUUAGACAUCU